AACGGUCUGUAAAGUCACUCCCUCUCGUUUUGUUCUCCCGGUGAAGUGGAGUGGCCCUUUCAAAUACAUCAUCCGUUGUUGUGUGAGACGAGUGGACUUGGAAGCAGGUCAAUGUGCAUGGAAAUUUUAAGCUCACAGAAAGUAAUUGGUGACUGCUGCAUGACUGUAGGCCUUGCUGUUGAUUUGUUUCUAAAGCACUGAAAACCGGGUAUUGUACGGUCUUUAAAGCAUACUGGUGUUCCAGCCUGGGCCCCAGCCAUGUCUCAGGGGCCUCCCUCCCGGCUCAUACAGACCCUCAGGAAAUCUCCUGCAGUGUUGCGGCGCAGGCUUCGUAAGGGCCGCAUCCAAGACCUGUCCCAGGGUGAUCCCCUGUUUAAAGUUCACUACUUGGGCACAGCAAAAAUCUACUCCCUGGAUUUGGAGCAGGCCCAAGGGGCUUUAAGUCAGCUACUCCUACAGGCUCCAGAGAAACUAACCAAGGACCACGCUCUUGUGGUACGCCAGCGCUAUGUGGAGGUGAAAGAGAUCAGCACAGGCAGGCAGCUGGCCAAGACCCACCUCAGAGAUAUUGCUUACUGUGCUGCGGACCAGGAGCGUCCAAACGUGUUUGUGUAUAUAUGCAGGCAGCAAGCCCAGCAGCUGCAGUGUAGAGUGUUCUGGUGCAGCAGGUCUGAGAGAGCCAAGGACAUCACUGCCUGUCUGGCUCGCUCCUUCCAAAGAGCACUGAAAGACUGGCAAGCAAGGGAGGCCAACCACACGCAGGGGGUGGGAUCAGAGAAUGGCCUAUCAGUGGUCCCGGAUCUCCAGCUGAACACGUCGAAGCCGGCAGCAGACCUCAAUAAAGGUCGCCGGAAGAAGAGGGACAUGAUCUCUCGGGCAGUGAGGAGAAAGACCAGCCGUGCUGAUCACUCACAGUCAUCAACUACGGUCUGACACUCAACACAGGUUUUGCAAAGCUUAGCAACCUGCCCAUCGGUGGACGCUACGGUAACUAUCUGCCCAUUUGUUGAUGCUGUGGUAACCAGCUGCCCACAGGCACAUAUUGAUUCUAUGAUGGCAACACGGACUACUCCAGAUGACAAUCACUCGUGGAGCCAUAAACAGGAGCCCUGAUCAGAAAACAGCAUUUCUUCAUGUUCAUCCAACUGCCAUCGAAUGCAAUAUCUGUAAAAACUAACUUUGUUUUAGUCAUCCUUGAAAUGUUUUAUACAGGCCCAGUUAUAAAACAUUUCCCAAGCAGGUCUUGUGAUGGUGUGUGUGUGUGUGUGUUAGUGUUCAAAACCACAUGCUGACAUCAGAUUCAGCUUCUCCAUUUUUAGCUUUUCUAAACAGAAAAAAAAACACAUCAAGAUCUCACACAGUGUAAUUUACUUGGCUGCUGUUUUCACAAUCUUGUUUCACCGCAAGAUAACACUCAGCACAUCCUCAGACAGAUAGGCAAGUCAUCUACUUAGUUAUUUUGUUUUACAUCAGCUCAAAUUAUAUACUAUUAAGCAAUACACAGACUUGCUAUUCUGAAACAGCUGUUACAUUUGUAAAAUGGCAUUCCAUGAUUGAAGUUAUGUACAGUAAAUUGAUGUUUAACAGUGAUUAAAGCACACUACUGUUCUGUAUAUCAGCUUCCAUAUCAGUACAUACUCCCACCACAUCCUGCAUUUAGGCAGCGUUUCUAUACACACAGCAGUCAGGGAACACAUAUUAGGAAUGAAAAAAACGAUUCAUAUUUUGGUUAUACAGAACAUAAUAAUCCAGCAGUAACAUAUAUAUUA